GGCACGCUGCAAGCGUGCGGGCGGGGCGGGGUUCGGCGGCGCCCGGCGAGGACCAAAGUGCGUCUUCAGACCGGGCAAAACCCAGUUGGGUUGGACAGCCAUGCCCAAGUACUGCCGGGCUCCGAACUGCUCCAACAAUGCGGGCCAACUGGGCGCGGACAACCGCCCGGUGAGCUUCUACAAGUUCCCCCUGAAGGAUGGUCCCCGGCUGCAGGCCUGGCUGAGGCACAUGGGGUGUGAGCACUGGGUGCCUAGCUGCCACCAGCACCUGUGCAGCGAGCACUUCGCCCCCUCUUGCUUCCAGUGGCGCUGGGGCGUGCGCUACCUGCGGCCGGAUGCUGUGCCCUCCAUCUUCUCCGGAGCGCCGCCCGCCAAGAGGCAGACGAAUUCCCGAAGCACCGAGAAACCAGUCGUGCCUCCAACUCCGCAGGAGGCCACGUCCCUGUCCCCUGGUCCAGCCGUCCCGGCCCCUGGCCCCGUACAGCUUGUGGUGUUGGGGCCAGCAUCCGGGGGCCCCGAGGUCCCAGCCACCGUGUUCCUGACUCCCCUGCCGCGUCCGCCGGUUCCCACGGGGCCGCGCCCUGGAGUGUCGGCCCAGCACCCCUGGCCCGGGCUGGGCGCGGCGCUGGGAGCGCUGCAGCGGCGGGUGCGGAGGCUCCAGCGGCGCCACGAGCGGCACCAGGCGCGGCUGCGGGCUCUGGAACAGCUGGCGAAGCAGCUGCGCGCGGAGAGCCUACUGGCGCCGGCGCACCGGGGCCGGCUGCGCGCGCUCCCUGGACCUGAGGAGUCCCAAGCCUUCACCAUCAUCUGUGGAGGGCCUGACAUAGCUGUGGUCCUCGCCCAAGGUCCUGCACCUCCCACCCUGGACGCCAAGCCUGAGCUCCUGGACACUCAGACUCCCAGUGCAUAAGGACCAGGACAGAUGACAGAAGACAGAGGAAGAGAGAUGCAUCAAACACACCUGAUGAUGAGAAGGAGCUGGCCUGGAAGGCACGUGGACUGGAUGUUCCAGGGAGAAGAACAGCCUCUGCGCAUACCCUACCAUCUAAGGUAUAAGCCGGAGGAAGACAGUGUUGCUAUGGCGAACACUGAAGCAGGGAAGGGAGUGAGUGUUUGUGUGUGAGGAGGGUGGGGUUGGGACGCAAUGUUAGAUAGAGCAGAAAAGGUCUCAUUGGAAAGGUACCAAUAAGCGAAAGCCUAAAAGAGAGGAGUAAGGGAACCAGGUAUCUGGGGAAAGAGCAUUCCAGGCAGAAGGAGCGCCAGUGCAGAGGUCCUGGGGUGAGGAGGAACAAGGAGGCCAGGGUGGUUAGAGUGGAGUGACUGAGGGGGAGAGUGAGAGGAGGUGAGAUUGGAGAGAUGACAGGGACGUUCACACAGGGACUUGUGGGUUGUGGUUGAGACAUUGGCUGUUACCUGCAGUGAGGUGCAGCAAGCAGAUGCCUUUAGGAAGGUCCUGAUGUGAUAGGUGUGGGUUUUUUUUUUUUGUUUUUUUUUUGCGGUACGUGGGCCUCUCACUGUUGUGGCCUCUCCCAUUGCGGAGCACAGGCUCUGGACGCACAGGCUCAGCGGCCAUGGCUCACGGGUCUAGCCGCUCCACGGCAUGUGGGGUCUUCCCGGACCGGGGCACGAACCCGUGUCCCCUGCAUCGGCAGGCGGACUCUCAACCACUGCGCCACCAGGGAAGCCCUGAUAGGUGUUAAUAGGUCCCUCUGGCUGCAUAUUGGAGUGUUGUGGGGAGCUGCCAUAGUCCAGGUGGGAGAGGAUGAAGGAUGGACCAGGAUUAGGGCCUGGGACUGGGGUGAGGGAUGAAAUUCUGGAAAUAUCUUAAUGGAGCUACUGGGCCUGCACAUUAGAAGGAUGAGAGGUGGAAGGCAAAGUCAGCUAGCCCUGUUCAGGCUGGGAUGAUUGUGGACAGUGCAGGCCACAGCCAGUCAGGUGUGACAGCCCAGCCAGGAUGAUGGGGCCGGGAAGGCCUCAUCCCUGGGCUGGCUCCUAGAGGCCUUUCUGGGGGGAGGAGUCCAUUGGCAGAUCUAUCCCCUAGGCACUGCCAAAGCCAUGUAGCACGGUGAUUAAAAGCCCAGGCGCUAUAGCCAGGCCACUGGGAUUCAAGUCUUAGCUCCAUUACCUGUUUGCUGUAUGCCCUUGGGUAAAUGGCUUACCUUCUCUGGGUAAAUGCUGUGUGCGCACUAUGCGAUAAUGACAAUGACAGUGAUUAGAGGAGUCUCCACAAAGUCAUCCCUCUGAGACAUCCCUUGUCUAGGGUGGACGUGGAGUAGAGGUCAGGUCUGAUAUGUCAGAGAGAGACAACACCCACCACUACCACACAUCGAGACCCCUGCCCAGACUGGUCUGGUUUGCAGGCCUUCGCAAAGGCGCCAUCACAGCGGGAUGGACAAAAAUCCAUGUGCCCGUUUUCCCAUCCCUGUCUUUUUGCCCUUGUCCCUGCUUCAUCUCUCUCCUGUCUCCAUGCCUCACAUCCUUCUUCGUGGCCAUUUCUUCUACUCCCCGUCCUCGGUGUCUAUACCCUUCCCACCGCUGCCUCCAGCCUUUUCAUCAAUGCAAGCAGCCUCGCAGUGUCUCCGCCCCCGCGCCUGGUUGGGGGUGACAGCGCAUGCGCCGUCAGCGCCCCUCCCUCUCCACCCCCAUCCCCCGUCGGCGUCCGGGCCUCGUCCCCU